UCACUUCAUUUGGGAUUAUCUCAGGCAAUCAGCCAGGCAAUCAUGUAAAAAACCUUUAAAACACAAAACAGACACAUAGAACACAAAUAAGUCCCCAGCAACAUCACAGAGGCAAAAAAUACACUUCAAAAGUUAAGCUUAAAGUUUAAAAUGCAACAAACUAUUUUUAGCAAAAAAGCCCCGGUGCAGGAGCAGGAUGUUAAAACGCGGUUGGAAAGUUCCUUCUUACCGGCUGCCUCUCCAGACUUUGCGUAGGUAAUUCAGCUUUGCACAACACUCCAUCUGCCGUGGCGUUUCACAACUUUUUACCUGCUGAGCUUGAUUAGGCACCUGUGUUCCUCCUCUUGGGGGUGUGCACAAGUGAUGGUGAAGUGCAAAUGUCCCCUCCCCUCUUCUUUCUGUUUUCCUUUUUCUUUCUUUUUCAUGCAUUUUCCUUCAAACCCAAAGUGUUCGUCUUUGACUUCACAUUCUAAGUUAUCCCUGAUGUAGAACAUCUACACAUACCAAAGUCUUUUCAAAAUCAAGACAUUGCCUCCGUGCCCGUACCAUUAGAUUUUACACUUUAUUGUAUUCUUAACAGAAAAUGUUGAAACCGCCUGUCUUAAGGGAGGCGAACACACACUCAACAGCUAGAGAGAGAGAGAGAGAGACUAAAGGGAUUAUCGGGGCUCAGUUCAAGAGAACGUCUCAUCCCAUUGCUGGUCAUCAUCAAAAGAAGCUCAACGCAUCUCCGGGGGGAAACACGAUUAGUUUCCGUUAGCGGCCAGACGGCUGCCUCUUCUUUCAGCUUUAACUUCGCAUCAAACAUUCCGGCUGCAUGUCUGGCUUCUGAAGGCACGGUUGGGAGAUUUGAUGGACGAGACUUUGGCUGCUAUUGAGAAGGAUCAUAGUGACUUCUCCUCAAAUCGGAACUCAUGGAAACUUGCGUGUGCCUUGACCAAGUCCACUUCUUUUCAUUUUUAUUUUUUAGCUGCGACGCUCAACGAAUCCAGAGCGACUUCCUCAGAAUAUGCAUACGGCCAAACCUUUCUUGAUGACAAUGGCUUGGGGAGUUCUGGGAAAUCCUAAUCUCUGUGGUUUCCAGAGAAGAUUUAUUCGACAAUGAAAGAGAAUUUAGACCGUAAGUGCUGAUCUCAUGUGUGACCCCUGCUGAACCCUUGCUAAACCGAACCGAGACAGAGACAGACGGUUCAACGUGCCGAUGGACUCUACGUUGUCCUGAAGUUGUCCUGGCAACCCCACAAGAAUAAUUUCUAUAAAGUGGGGAAGGGGAAGAUUUAAAUGGUGUUACAAACAGAGGAACAAAGUGCUGGUUUGAAGGUUCUGGAGAAUGGAGUGUCCCGAGACGCUGGACUGGGAGAGGUUCCUUUUAGGACUAAUGAAGUGGCAACGAAUAAACCUUCCAUGUCCAUCACCAAUGUUGACGAAAAUGGCGAUGAGCGUGAAGUGUCAGGGGACGACGAUAACGAGGAAAGUGAGCUUGAUUACAGGCCAAACUAUUGGGAGGAUGACGACGAAAUCUACCAGGAGUUCGAGGAGUUGGACUUUGACUCCCUGCCGGAUCGCUCGGACAUGCAGAGCAUCGCCUCGAAUGAUUCGUUCUAUCCACACAUUGGUUGUAUUGCAUCCCAAAUGUACUGCUCACUGACUCCUGACAGCCCAGAACCCAUUUCUUUCUUUAACGCCUGCUGCAACAACAAUGCCAUCAUCGUCAAGAUCAUGAUUAGACAAGGAGUGACCCCUGAGGAAGUGAAGGAGACGGAUCGGAACGGAAGAUCAGGUUUGAUUAUGGCGUGCUACCAUGGUUACGUGGACGUGGUCAUGGCCCUUUCUCAGUGCCCGUAUCUUGAUGUCAACUGGCAGGACAACGAGGGCAACACUGCUCUCAUUAUUGCAGCACAAGCAGGUUACGUGUUCAUCUCAAACUACCUACUCAACUAUUUCCCCGGGAUGGACAUUGAGAGGAGGAACUGUCACGGUUUCACACCUUUGAUGAAGGCCGCCAUGCAGGGCCGAGCAGAGUGCGUCAGGGCUCUCAUGCUGGCUGGUGGUGAUAUCCAAGCUCGGGACAACGGCCGCAGUUUGACUCCCAGGGAUUGGGCUCUCUUCACUGGUCGAUACGAGACAGCACAUCUGAUGCAGAGGCUGAUGUCAAAGCCUUGUGCAGAGCAGUUCUGUGACUCCUUCUCCCUGGAGUGGCCCCCGUUGGAGGAGCUGGUGGCCAAGGCCCAGGAGCCCAAGUCCUACCGGAGGCGUUUGAUCAAUGUCCUGUCCUGCUGCUCGUAUAGGAUUUACAUAAACAACAAAGUGAAUCCCGUGGAUGAAGGCGUCUUUGACCACAUGGUCCAGCUCACCACCGCUCUCGCCAGCCCGGUCAUGGCCACGGCUUGCCACACGGUGUGCCCGGGCAGCCCGCCGUGCAUCGGCAAGCGUCGGCCAGCUGUGCAAGAAAUCCUGAGGAGGCAGCGGGUGUCUGAGCUAAAGCGCCUGGGCCCGGACAGACUGAACAACUACAAGAAAUUUUUCCAGAACUCGCGGGUACUCCUCAUCCCCAAGGCAAAGGAUCGCAGGGCCAGCCUGCAGACUCAGCUGCUGAGCGACGUAGCCGCAGUGGCCAUGAGGAGAGCCAGCCUCCUGCCCCUGAAUAUGCUGAGGAGGAGCAGCGUGCGGCCCGGCAUUGUGGUUCCCAAGGUGAGACUCUGCAAAGCCCCGGCUCCCUGCUUCGUACCGGAGAAACUCAAACAGAGCGGUUACAACAACGACCUCCAGAUCCCCAAGUGGAACUACAAGAUGAAGAGGAUUGGGAGGAGGCAGGAAGAAGAGGAGAGGAGACUAGUGUUAACUCGGAUAAGGAGAUGACAGGAGAUGGGGAGUAUACUGUAUGUUCACAUCAGCUCAGCAAGCAGAACAUGACUGCAAACUCACAAAGCGUGAAUGUGUCUUGUUGGAACAGCCCUGCAAUCGCAGUGUAACAGUCCUAGAAACAAUUACAUUUGCUCACAAUAAUUGCUGCAAUUCCAGACAGAGAUGUGUUGCCUUGUUUCUACUUGAGUUCCCCUGCUUUUAUUCAGAGCGCGUAGUUUAUAAUGCAAUGUGGCAGAUGAAGAAGAUUUGGGGGUAGGGGUCCAAUAUAGAAUUUGUAUCUGUAAUUAGUUCAGUUGCAUGUGGCCAAAUAACAAAAGAAGAUUAAUUGUCUCGGUAUCCUUUAAAAGAAGUGCUCGUCUUAAGCUAAGAUUCCCUGCACAGAACAAUCGAGCCAUAAAAAGAUGAAACAAUAUUCAGAAGAUGUGAGGCAGAGGUUACAAAAGGAAAGACAAAAAACCCAAUACCAAAUAGGAUACCUAUGGGGGGGUAUUUCAAAGGAUAGCGAGUCAAACUCUGACAAGGCCAAAUGGAGUUUGGUCGCUGGCUGCUACCAUAUGAAAACAUGCAGGGAAGAAGCCAAUAAACCAUCAUGCACUCACGCAUACAGGUCCAACAGGUAGAAGCCAGAUCACACAGGCUUUGUGAGGGCUUUGAGGCAGAUAGAGAGAGACAAAAAUAAACAGCUUACUGCUGGACUGUGACUUGCUGGAUUUCAAAAUAAGUCCAAUGAGAUGCUCCACUACUACAUCUCCGGCUCUGGGAGAAAUGGAGGGCCACCUGUGCAUUUCAACUUUUGCAAAUUUGCUUCGCUUUUGGUGUGAACGUACCAUUAUACUAAAGACAAAGAAGUUGAAUACACUACUGCAAAAUGUGAAUAAGAUACAAAAAAGGUGUAAAAUAUUGCAUUUUAGUGUGUAUUAAAUUUUAGUGUGUGUUAAAUAUCAGGUGGCAACCUCCAUGCAAAAGUGUCUUAAAACUUGUAUUCUCUCUUAUUGCCAGCAGGGGGCAUCUCCGCCAUUCAUACAAAGAAGUGAAACUAAUUCUAUAUAUAUAUAUAU